AGGUCACGCCGAGCUCCGACGCACGCCCCAGCCCCAAUUGGGCGGCCGGUUUCCAAUCGGAAGGGCUUCUGAGCCUCAGUCUUCGGGCGGCGCUGACCAUUGGCGGGCAGGAUGGAGGCGGAGCAUUGGGUCGUCGCCCGCCGCCGGGGGUUAAGGUGAGCGACUGCAGGCGAAUCCGGCGACAGCGCAGCUCUCGUCGACCCUGGCUCCUCUACCUGCCCCCGCGGGUCCCCUCCUCCUUCAGGAUGACGCUGGACGUGGGGCCGGAGGAUGAGCUGCCCGACUGGGCCGCCGCCAAGGAGUUUUACCAGAAGUACGACCCUAAGGACGUCAUCGGCAGAGGAGUGAGCUCUGUGGUCCGCCGUUGUGUUCAUCGAGCUACUGGCCACGAGUUUGCAGUGAAGAUUAUGGAAGUGACAGCUGAGCGGCUGAGUCCUGAGCAGCUGGAGGAGGUGCGGGAAGCCACACGGCGAGAGACACACAUCCUUCGUCAGGUCGCCGGCCACCCCCACAUCAUCACCCUCAUCGAUUCCUACGAGUCUUCUAGCUUCAUGUUCCUGGUGUUUGACCUGAUGCGGAAGGGAGAGCUGUUUGACUAUCUCACAGAGAAGGUGGCCCUCUCUGAAAAGGAAACCAGGCCCAUCAUGCGGUCUCUGCUGGAAGCAGUGAGCUUUCUCCAUGCCAACAACAUUGUGCAUCGAGAUCUGAAGCCCGAGAAUAUUCUCCUAGAUGACAAUAUGCAGAUCCGACUUUCAGAUUUCGGGUUCUCCUGCCACUUGGAACCUGGCGAGAAGCUUCGAGAGUUGUGUGGGACCCCAGGGUAUCUAGCGCCAGAGAUCCUUAAAUGCUCCAUGGAUGAAACCCACCCAGGCUAUGGCAAGGAGGUCGACCUCUGGGCCUGUGGGGUGAUCUUGUUCACACUCCUGGCUGGCUCGCCACCCUUCUGGCACCGGCGGCAGAUCCUGAUGUUACGCAUGAUCAUGGAGGGCCAGUACCAGUUCAGUUCCCCUGAGUGGGACGACCGUUCCAGCACUGUCAAAGACCUGAUCUCCAGGCUGCUGCAGGUGGAUCCUGAGGCACGCCUGACAGCUGAGCAGGCCCUACAGCACCCCUUCUUUGAGCGUUGUGAAGGCAGCCAACCCUGGAACCUCACCCCCCGCCAGCGGUUCCGGGUGGCAGUGUGGACAGUGCUGGCUGCUGGACGAGUGGCCCUAAGCACCAAUCGUGUACGGCCACUGACCAAGAACGCACUGUUGAGGGACCCUUAUGCGCUGCGGUCAGUGCGGCGCCUCAUCGACAACUGUGCCUUCCGGCUCUACGGGCACUGGAUAAGGAAGCAGUGGAUUGGAAAGGUGAUGGCUUAUGUAUGAUAAUGCUACUAAUAAUGACAUAUUCCAGGCAGAAAUCCCCUGCUUCUGCUUCCCAUGGUCACUUGUGCCAGCCCCGGUUCCUCUUCUCCCUGGGGCUCAAACCUGGUAGCUGCCCCCUCUCACCAAUACAAGCCUUGUGAAGAUCCUGGAGCAGGGCACAAGCCGCUGACAUCUGCUCCAGUGAGAAGCCCUGCUGGCGGCAGAAAAUGAGCGCGUGGCAGAAGAGGUCCAGGGUGAUGGCGUCUCGCAGGUUCUGCUCAGGACACCCUAGCUCCAGCAGCUCAGCCAGCACCCUUGGGAGGGAGAGAGGAGUGAGUGACAACUGGGCCUCCUUUCAUCACCCUACACCCACCACAUGCUUUGGAGUCAGCCAUUCCUCAUGUUUUCCCAACCUGACCCCUCAGCCUUUGCCAACAGCUCUUCCCGCGCCCCCCUCAGUCCCUACUCCCUCAUCUCCUCAGCAUUGGUGGUCUUCUCCAGCUGGUGCAUGGAAUGGAUGUCCAGGUACUUCCUGUUAUAGGAAAAGAAAAAGAGAAUUGGUGGCCAUUACCUAUCAUGACAGGGCUGUGACAGCUAGUGCGUGAGACUGCGAGUUGGGCCACCGGCGUGAAGCUGGGCUCUUUAGCCAGCUUGCUGUGUAACUAUGCAAAUCGUUAACUCUCUGGGCCUAAAUGAACUCUUAUGAGCCUCUCCAUUUCUAAAGCCUAGGGUUAGGAAUCUUGAAUUCUUUUUUCUGCUCUGCCACUACCUUGUAUGACCUUGGUCAAGUACUCCCUGUGGCCCUCAGUGUCCCCCUCUGUACAAUACUCCUUAGCGGCCAUGAGACUCCAUUUACAUUCUGUCUUUGGCUCUUUUUUUCUCACACUGCCUCCCUCCUCUUUGGACUGGAGAGGCUGGAAAGCCAGCUUCCAGUCACCUGGAGUAACUGCAUCUCCGGGCCUCAGUCUCAUCUGUAAAAUGGGGAUGCCCUGGCCACAGACAGGACUGUUGGGGAGGCAAUAAAGGAAGAACGCAAAUAUUCAGUGUA